CGUCGUUAUGGUUACGUCAGUUUCAAUGUGAAUUCGAAAUUCAGGAUGACAAGUGGAGACAUCAAAAUAUUUAGGAAGAGAUACUUAGUUAUAAAAAAGUUAGGGAAAGGCGCAAGUGGGAAAACCUACUUGGUUGAAGAUUUGCAAGAAUCUCGGACACAUAAGUAAUUUUAAGUCAAAUACUACCACAUAUAGUCUUAAAAAAGAAAGGUUUUCAAGGCACUCAAAUGCAUAAAACUUGAUGAAAUUCAAUCACUUUCCCAGAAUGACUGCGAGAAAGAAGCUCGAUUAUUGUCGGGCCUCAGACAUCCAUACAUUUUACGUACAUAUGAAAGUUUUGUCGAGAAAAAUAAAUUUUGUCUCGUAGCAGAAUAUUGUGAAGGUGGGGACUUAACGCAUUAUUUAAAAGGAGUGAAGGAAAAUGGGGAACAUAUUGAUGAAAAACUGAUUGGUAAAUGGCUCGUACAAAUUAUACUGGCCACAAGUUUCAUUCACAAAAAUAAAAUACUUCAUCGUGACUUGAAAUCUAGUAAUAUAUUCCUAAAGAAUGGAAAUAUUAAAAUUGGCGACUUUGGUAUUUCACGUUUAUUGACUACAACUAAUGAACUGGCAACUACUUUCAUUGGAACUCCAUACUAUAUGAGUCCAGAGGUUUUAAAGUAUGAAGGUUACAACAACAAAUCAGAUAUCUGGUCUAUUGGGAUAAUUCUCUACGAAUUGUGCACUCGAAGGAGAGCCUUUACUGGAACGAAUUUAAUGCGCGUUAUGUGGCAAGUGAUAAAUGAUCCAUGUCCCCGACUACCAGAAAUCUACUCCAAAGAGCUCCAAGAAGUUCUUGAGCUAAUGUUAAAGAAGGUUCCACAAGAAAGACCAUCCGCCUCUGAACUUCUUAAACUAAAUAUUAUUACUUCAUAUUUACGUGAAUUGUACAAAGAGAUUGUGUUCCACAUGCAAACGAAUCCCACCGAUGAAAGUAUAAUAAAGAAGGAUGAGAUACAGAGUAGAUUUAUAUCUUUUGAAGAGUUCAUUAAUUCGCCUGAUUUAAUUUUACAAGAGCAAGAAUUACAAGAAAACGAUGACAAUCUCUCAAUAAAAAUAGAUUAUAAUGAAGAAAACAACACAGAAAAUGUGGAUGAAUUUUUGACACCACGUCAGAAGAUCAAACUGGACAGAGCAAGUGAAUCAGAUCAAACUAUUGCUACUUUGAGAGAUUUGGCAGAACAGUUAACACACAGUAGAAAUACUUUGAACUCUACAAGGCGAACAGAUUUGUAUACUUGGCAGAAACGAUAUCCAUCAUCAAAUCGUUUAUGGCCAACAGUUCAAAUGUCUACAGAGAAAAUGUUGAACGAAUUGAAAAAUCUUUACUUAGAGAAAAUGAAUAAUGAUUAUGGCGUAACUGAGAAUAUGGAUGACUUUGAAAAUACAGAAAACUUACUUUGGCCACACAGACCACUUUCAGAAAAUAAUGACAGUCUGUUAGGUAAGGGUCCAGGAGCUGAGGAUGAAAGUCUUGGGACUUUUUACCUUACUGAAUCUGGUAAAUACACAAAUAAUAUACAGAAGCAGACUGAAGACUCGCAAAAUCCAGCGAGCGACAGUAAACUGAAAAAUUUCUGUCUUGUACCUGGUUCAGCCGGUCCAAUGUAUGAAAAUCGUCGAGAUGAACAAAAGAAACAGGCCGUUAUAACUGAUGACAAUGUUGAUAAUCAUGAUCACAAAGAUGAAGAGAGUAACACUAACCAGCUGAAUCUAUUCAUCCGACGUAGUUUUACAAUUCCAGAAGUUUCAACCAAUAAUUAUGUUCAGUCAGCAAGGCAGCUGAAUACAAUUAAUAACUGUAAUUUGAAGUGUAAUGACGUUUUUUCUGAUAAUACUCAACUUAUGGAAACAUAUUAUACGAAUUAUGACAAUGGCCUAAUAGAAUAUUCAAAAACCUCUGCUCAUGAAGAUUUGUCGACACCAAAUGAAACUGGCAAUAUUGCUGAAAAUGAUCUAGAAGAUAUUGAGAAUCAAGAUGAUUGGAAUACAAAUGAAACACUGGAUGAUGUACUUAGUUGCAUGAAGGCAGCUUUACGUCAACCAGAAGAUGAUCAAACUUUAGUUAUAAAUGAUGAAACUAAUUAUAUGUAUGGACCAGAAGCUAAGGCGAAAAAGAUUGAAACUUUAAGAAAUUAUUGCGUUGAAAGACUUGGAAUACAAGAAUUUCACACAGCCUAUGAUUAUCUUUAUCAAAAACGUAUUACGGAGAAUAAUCAGUCUGGCGAGUUAACAAUUCUUGACGGUUUGAAAAAUUACUGUUCAAAUGUGACAACAGGAUUUCUGCUGGACCAUUUAAUUUUUCUAGAAAAUGAUACAAAGCAAACGAUGAGUAUUGAGUCACCGAAUUCACUGUACCAAGUUUUAGAAAGUAACUUGCAGUUUUGUAUGUGACCCAGAAACUGCGACCACUACUACGCGUCGUUGAAUGUGUUGCGGAGUGGUGAAUGAUAACAGAAGAUGUGAACUGCAAUCAAUGGCUAGAUUAUGUCUAAGUGAUUUAAUGGCUGUGAAUUUGAAGACAAUAGUUAAUUCUCUUUUAAAAAAUCAACUUUUCAAAUGCAUAUCAUCUUAUUUUUUGAAAAUUUUGUACCGUACCUACUCUUUAGAAGGCAUAGUUUGGAGGUUAUUCUUUUUUUGCUUUUUCCCGAUGCUCUUAAGUUCUUCUUUUUUCACAUUCUGGCGUCAUUUAUUUUGAUUUACUACUGC